AUGAAGCUUUUUCAAUCAAAGUACGAAUUUAGUUACCCCUGGGACCAAGUCACCGCUGCUAAUUGGCAGAAAUAUCCCAAUGAGCUCUCGGUGCAUGUGAUCUCGGUAGAUACUUUGAACAGAUCUAUUAUUGAUAAUCAUAUACUACGUACAGAACGGUUGAUUGGGUGCAAGCAAGCAAUACCUAACUGGUUAUCAUUUAUUGUUGGUGGCGCAUCAUUAAGUUAUGUACGAGAAGUAUCGGAAAUUGACUUGAAUAAUAAGUCCCUUGUUAUGAAAUCAAUGAACUUAACAAUGAACCAUCUUUUGCUAGUCAAAGAAACUGUGAUAUACAAACCCGAUUUUCAGUUGCCCAACCACAAGACAACGUUUAAUCAAAGUGCUGAGAUAACAGCAUUUGCAUCUAUAGGAAGAAUUUGCGAUAAAUUAGAGGAUUGGUCAAUCGAAAGGUUUGGCCAGAAUGCAAGUAAAGGAAAAUUAGCAUUUGACGGGGUUUUAAAUAACCUCGCUAAAAAUUGGGAAGAAAAUGGUGUCUUUAAGUAA